ACUGCCUCCUCUGUGCUGUAUUUUGACAGAUGCAAAUAUGGAGGUGUUUUGACUACUGAAAUAACACCUGCAUUCUGAGUGGCAAACUGUAAAGAUGAUGUCUGUGGGUUUUGUAUUUUUAUGCAGGCCACAAAUGAGGUAAGGGAGGUAGGUAAAAUACAGCUGUGGCCUGGAGAGGGCAUCUUUUCAAAAUCAGCGUGGAGAGAGAAAAACUCUGACAAGUAAAGAUGCUGUGGAGUCUGUUGCUCAUCUCUCUGGCUAAUAUCUGCAACUCAGACAACAUAAAGCUGACGGGGAAAACAAAUCAGUCAUCAACCUACAGACAGGACAGUGACAAUUAUAUCUCUGACAGAGCUAUUGAUGGGAAUGUGUCACAAUGUGCUAACACUGAGCAGAAGACCAACUCCUGGUGGCAAAUUGAGCUGGAAAGUGUCCGCAACAUUUCCUGUAUUGCUAUCUACAAUAAAUGCCAUCAGCAUAGUGAUAUAACAAAUGCUCAGAUCUACAUUGGGAACUCUAAUAAAACAGACGGCAGUGACAGCAGCAGGUGUACAACUAUCAAAGACUUCAAACAGGGCUGUUACAAUCACAUUCACUGUGAUCGUGGAGUACUGGGGCGCUUCAUCACUGUGUCCUUAUCAGGGAACAGUCCUUUAGUUCUGUGUGAAGUGAGGCUCUGCGGCAGCAAAGAAGAUAUCUGCAACUCAGACAACAUAAAGCUGACGGGGAAAACAAAUCAGUCAUCAACCUACAGACAGGACAGUGACAAUUAUAUCUCUGACAGAGCUAUUGAUGGGAAUGUGUCACAAUGUGCUAACACUGAGGAGAAGACCAACUCCUGGUGGCAAAUUGAGCUGGAAAGUGUCCGCAACAUUUCCUGUAUUGCUAUCUACAAUAAAUGCCAUCAGCAUAGUGAUAUAACAAAUGCUCAGAUCUACAUUGGGAACUCUAAUAAAACAGACGGCAGUGACAGCAGCAGGUGUACAACUAUCAAAGACUUCAAACAGGGCUGUUACAAUCACAUUCACUGUGAUCGUGGAGUACUGGGGCGCUUCAUCACUGUGUCCUUAUCAGGGAACAGUCCUUUAGUUCUGUGUGAAGUGAGGCUCUGCGGCAGCAAAGAAGAUUCACCUUUUGUACUGGUCGAACAGAAGAUGACAUGGGCAGAUGCUCUGUACUACUGCAGGGAGAGAUACACGGACCUGGCUUCCAUCCUUGAUGAAGAGGACCAGGACUGGGCUGUGCUGACAGCCAAGGAGGCUCAGACUGUCUUUGUGUGGCUGGGCCUUCGCUACACCUGCACCCUGGACUUCUGGUUCUGGGUCGAAGAUCAUCACUUAGAAUACAAUAACUGGGCUCCAGGUGAAAACACACAAGAGUGUGACAUGAGUGCUGCCAUGAUGAAAGAGAAAGACAAUCUCUGGUUUAGAAAGUUUGACAAUGAGACGUUUAAUUUCAUCUGUGCAAAGUAAGAGAAAUGACCAUUUUAGUUGCCCUCCUUCCCCUCUCUCUCUGUUUCAUUUGGAUGGUGGCAGUUAUUGUGUUGUGAUGAGUUCUCCUCUAAUAUGUGUCUUGGGUGAUGGGUUCAGGUGAUGGGUUCAGCUCCAGCUUUUUCACAUAAAAGUGAUGUGAUAAAACAGAGUGUGAAUAUGAAUUACAACCAAACAGUUUGAUUUUUUUAAUAAGUACAGUAUCACUCUGUAUCUUAGGUCAUUUAUACAUUCUGCCUUUAUGAAUUGUUUGUAGUGUGUUUGUAGUUGUGUCAGUGUAUCCCUCAUUUGUAAAUCACAAUGAUGUAAUAUAAUGAUUACAUUAGAGAAAUACCUUUGUUGUUAUGUAAGAUUUAAUCAAUGAUGUUAGAACAUUAAGAAACAUUUUUUUCUUAUUAAAUUGAUCUUUGGCAUUUUGUUGAUUGUUGCUGAAAAAAAAAUAAUUCAGAAAUGUUUUAUUCUCAAAUCUACAAAAAUGAAAACAUGCGUUGCCAUUCAUAUUAAAUACAUUUUGUGUUACCACAUUUUUUUGCAUACCUACCUUCAUUAUAUAUUUUUGUUUGAUUUGCAUUUUCUAUAUGUUUUUUUUCCCUCUGAAAGCUUAGGAAAUGUGUACUGUAUUUAUGUACUGCUAAUAUUCAUGCAUGGAUUAACUUUUUGGUGUAUUGGUAUUGGUUAAAUAAAAGUUGAGAUAUUCUCUGCUGA